UGUGCAGGAACACAGGCGUAGUCAAGCUGGAGAGGUGGAAUGGUCAGGUAGGCCAGAAGGUACUGUCCGGUGCCUGCUAAGUCCCAGCCUGCUAUUCACCAGGGCCCCUAAUGGUGGGGAUGGACUUGGUGCAGACUGGAACCAGCUCGCGACCCCUGAGUGCGUCCGGCUGUGGUAGCGAGUACUGGCAGGGGAGUGCAGGAACGGACUCUGAUGGGAAGAGGCAGGCAGACUUACUAGAGGUGAUCCGUGUGGGAUGGAUGGUCGGGUGAAGUAAGCGUAGUCAGACAGGCUGGGUCGGUAUCGUGCGGGCAGAGUGGUACAGGAGGAGCAAGCAGAGAAUGGUCGGGGUCACAAGCCAGGUUCAGCAGCGGGCAGAGACACACGUCAGUGGGCA